GGGGAGAGUUUGAGGUAAGAAAGAGUGGGCUAGGCGUGGUCAAAGAUAGGGCCGACUAAGGUAAUUCUAACUUCAAAUUUUAAAAAGGAAAGGGAACCAAGAAAUCAAAUUCUUUUCCCUCUCUCUUGCAAAGACCAACCCACGUCCUACCCACGCCAUUGCCGACUUCAAACACGACCGCCGCCCAUUUAUUGCUCAGUGCCGCCCCUCAUCCCUCCCAGGCACUCGCCGCCGUUGAGAACCCUGUCGAAUCCUUCUCUCUCUCCUCUCAAUCAGUCUUCCUCAGCACAGUUCACCUUUCCGAGCAUUGUCUGCUAUCCGCGCUGCUAACCAACGCUGCACCUCUCGUGGCCAUCGAGGAUUCUGUGGAUUACGGUGGCGAGUUUGCAGUGACUAAAAGUAAACGGGCAGUUGCAACGCGGGCCUAGGGAACGGAUUAGUCCAAACACAAGGGUUUUUUUUUUCCAGAAAAGUUGGGUCGUUACUAGAGCCAUGGAGGCGAGAGACAGGGCUGGAGCUUCAGAUGAGAUUGGUCUUAAUGGAGAUGGCCUCUCAAUUCCUUUGGGUGGGCCUAUAUAUGCACCCAACUUGGUUGGUCCCCUCACCAGGGUCCCUCACUUUGAGUCUUCUGUUGUUCAAGAAUUUCAGAGUCUGGAGGCAGAGUUACACUUGGAUUCAUCUCAACUAUGUGACGAAGAUAUUUCGAUUGACGAACUUAAGUUAUUUACUGAAGAACAGUUAUUGAAUAUGGCCUUGGAGGAAUCAUUGCAGAGUGAUGAGAAUGCUAAUAACCAGUCGGAACUUCCAGAAGAAAAUAUGAAUGCUGGGUUGCUCAGGUCAUUAAUUCUUUUGAGGAAAAAUGGUAUUCUUAGAGAAUGUGAAGAGGAAGUUAACGGGCACAAUUUGGAGGCUGAUCCGGCAUCAAAUGCAAAUAGAAGCACAAAUAAAAUGACUACAAGGAAGCGAAAAAAGGAGGAACUUUCUAUUAUUGAGGAGAAAUCUAUCGCAAAAGUGGCUGAAAUUGCAAAACUUAAACAAAAACAGGAGGCAGACAGAGCUGUAGUGCAAUUACAUGCUUUCAAGUGGAAGAAGGAUAUUGCCAGUUCAUCGUCAGAAAGCAAAGAGAGGUUGAAGUCCUUGAGGUCUACAAAUACUUCUGCCAAGGUUCCUCAUGUGAAAUCAUUGAACGACGGGAAACACGAAUCUCUGCAUCAUCCAAUGACUGUACUUUUUGUGGAGGUUUACCAUAAAUCUCGCAAGAUGGUUAAGUCUCAAGAGUUCUUGGCCCUUGGACGACAAACGUUAGCUGAACUGAAGGACAAGAUUUAUUGCUCGACAGAUACGUUAAUGCAAAAGGCUGAGCAGCAAGAUUCAUCUGGAUAUUUCCUUGUAGAAGAUGUAUUCUGCAAUGAUUUGAGGAAUCCUUCCGCAAUAGACUAUAGCAAACCUAUACUUGAUUGGCUUAGAAACUCAGAGGAUGAAGCUCGUAAGAAAUGGGAAUGCAUCAUAACCGGUGAAUUGCAACAGAAAAAUUCAGUUGUAGGUGAAGUAUCAGAUUUACAUGUGCCUCAUUUUAGAUCAGUCAGCAUGAGCAAGGUUCGAUUUUGUGACCUGAAAUUUAGGCUUGGGGCCGGGUAUCUGUACUGUCAUCAGGGAGAUUGCAAACAUACCAUAGUGAUUAGAGAUAUGAGGUUGAUCCAUCCUGAGGACGUACAUGAUCGUGCUGCUUAUCCAAUCGUUACAUUUCAGCUUAGGACCCGAGCUCAGAAAUGCGAUGUCUGCAACAUUUACAGGGCUAAAAAGUUUACUCUUGAUGACAAGUGGGCGCAGGAAAACCCGUGCUACUUUUGUGAAGACUGCUAUUUUCUUCUUCACUACUCGAAAGAAGGGAACCUUCUUUACAACGACUUCGUGGUGCAUGAUUACUUGCAAGAUUAGGUGGCUGGGUUUGUUUAAAAAUGCUUCUCAUUUGGCCAUUGAGAUCCGUUCAGCAGUUUUGAUCAUGUUGAGAAGUCUGUAAAUAGCUAUAGGUAAAUGGUUACAGUUUUAUUUUAUUUGUAACAUUAUUAUUCUUUUUAGGUUGGUUAUGUAACGGGGGAUUGUUCUUAUAUUGUGUUUUUAUGAAAGGAAACGUAAAUCAUUAUUAUGCUUA